CACCGCCUAAAUGACAGAUAGAUAGAUAGAGAGAGAGAGAGAGAGAGAGAGAGAGAAAGAGAGAGAGUCUGUCUCUCACUGCUAGAGGAGGGAGCAGUUUAAAUUGCGCUAAUCCAGUAGCAGCUGCGCGCGCAGGGGAUUGUGGGUCAUCAGCGGCGACACGAAAGGGAAAAUGAAAGCUCGGGUUCGCGCGCCACAGUGACGCGGCUGAAACUCAGGUUAAACUGAAUGCAGUUCUCGCUGAAGCAUCAAGCUAAGAAUGAGAGGAGCGUUUUAGUGCUAAUACUACUACUCUUCAGUACAUAUAUUUCAUUCAAACCUCCAGUAUGGAUUUGUUACUUUUUGUCUUCACCUUAUUGGCAUUCCUUGGUACAUGCCUGUCCUCUGAAAGCAUCAACGCUGCAGCUGAAAACAUCCAUGUAGCGACCAAUGGCCUCCCUUUCCCCUGGAGCAAGUUGCGCCUUCCGAAUUACAUUAUUCCCAUUCAUUACCAUCUGCUCAUCCAUCCCAACCUCACCACUCUGAGGUUCAACGGUUCAGUCAAGAUUGAAAUUGAUGUGAAGAACAACACAAACUGGGUGGUCCUGCACAGCAAGAACCUUGAGAUCAUUACAGCUACUGUACUGGAUGAGAGUGAGGCUCACUUGUCUGAUAAAGUACUUCCUGUUCUGGAGUAUCCUUCCCACGAGCAGAUCGCCAUCUUCUCUCCUAAGAUUCUGUCCUCAGGAGAAAAGUACUUUCUUUAUUUGGAAUUUGGUGCAGCAUUGGUUGAUGGUUUCUAUGGCUUUUACAGGAGUACCUACAAAACCAAAGAAGGAGAAACAAGGGUAUUGGCAUCUACUCACUUUGAGCCGACCUCAGCACGGAUGGCCUUUCCAUGUUUUGAUGAGCCCAUAUUCAAAGCCAACUACUCUGUCCGGAUCAGAAGGGGAGCCUCACACAUUGCAAUAUCCAACAUGCCCAUAGAACAGACAGUGAAAUUAAAUGGUGGUCUGUUUGAGGAUCGGUUUGAAACGAGUGUACGGAUGAGCACUUACCUCGUGGCCUUCAUCAUCUGUGACUUCAAGUCCGUCAGUGGGCGAACUGCAACGGGGAUUGACGUUUCUGUUUAUGCUGCACCACACAAGUGGCACCAAACCCACUAUGCUCUUGAAGCCGCUAUAAAACUUUUGGAGUUUUAUGAGACAUACUUCAAUAUCUACUAUCCACUCCCCAAGCUAGAUUUGAUAGCAAUUCCAGAUUUCCAGUCUGGAGCAAUGGAAAACUGGGGUCUGACCACCUACAGAGAGACAUCUCUCCUCUAUGACCCAGAGGUCUCCUCUACCUCAGACAAGCUCUGGGUUACUUUGGUGAUAGGACAUGAGUUGGCCCAUCAGUGGUUUGGAAACCUGGUAACUAUGGAGUGGUGGAAUGACAUAUGGCUUAACGAGGGCUUUGCACAGUAUAUGGAGUUUGUUUCCGUCGAGGCUACGUUUCCACAACUGAAAGCGGAGGAUUACUUGUUGGACAUCUGCUUUUUAGCGGUUGGUCGAGACUCACUCAAUUCUUCCAGAGCAAUCUCAUCCUCUGCAGAGAACCCCACUCAGAUAAAGGAGAUGUUUGAUACAGUGUCUUAUGACAAGGGGGCGUGCAUUCUACACAUGCUGAGGCAUUUCCUGACAGAUGAUGUGUUCCAGAGUGGCAUAGUCAGGUACCUGAGGAAGUUCAGUUACAAGAAUGCCAAAAAUGAGGAUCUGUGGGACAGCCUGGUCAAUACCUGCUCUGAAGAGGAUUUUACAUUAGGAGAAUACUGUUAUAGUGACGGACAGGCUACCAAAAAUGCUUAUCUGUUUGCUGGGGAGCACAUAGACCUGAAGAAGAUGAUGUACACAUGGACUCUACAGAAGGGCAUCCCUUUGGUAACGGUGAAGCGACAGGGAACCAAGCUUUACAUUGAGCAGGAGAGAUUCAUAAAGACAGUCCAGCCCAGUGACCCACUGUGGCACUCAUUGCAAGCUGGCUAUCUGUGGCACAUUCCUUUGACCUACAAAUCAAGCCACUCCAGUGAAGAAAUGAGGCAUAUAUUAGAGACAAAGUCAGAUAUGCUGAUCCUCGAUCAGGAAGUGGAAUGGGUGAAGUUUAACACAGACAUGAAUGGCUACUACAUUAUCCACUAUGAUGCGGAGGGUUGGAGUGCACUAAUUAACCUUCUGCAAGUGAACCACAGUGCUGUGAGCUUUAAGGACAGAGCCAACCUCAUUCACAAUGCCUUUCAGCUGGUCACGGCAGGGCGCUUGACACUGGACCAGGCUUUGGAUCUGAUCACCUACUUAAAGUCUGAGACACACAAUGUUCCCCUCCUCCAAGGCAUCGGAUAUUUAGAAUCAUUUUACAAGAUGGUAGAGAAGAGAAAUAUAGCUGAUGUCACUCAAAAUCUCAAGACCUACAUCCUGCAGUAUUUUAGAAAUGUGAUAGACAAGCAGACUUGGAGUGAUGAGGGCACGGUCUCAGACAGGAGGCUGCGCUCAGAGCUUCUGUCCCUAGCGUGCGAUCUUGGUUAUUCUCCCUGUGUGGAAAAGGCCAAACAUUUCUUCCAAAGCUGGAUGAACUCUAAUGGAACAAUCAGCUUACCCACCGAUGUGGCUGAGACCAUCUACACAGUCGGAGCCCAGGAUAAUAACGGCUGGCACUACCUGCUGGAAAAGUAUGCGCUUUCCAUAAGUGCAGCAGAGAAAAGCAAAAUCCUCUCAGCACUGACGAGCAACAAGGAUCCAAAUAAGCUGCUAAGGCUGCUAGAGCAUGGGAUGGAGGGCUCAGUGAUAAAAGCCCAGGAUUUAUCUACAGUAAUAUACACUGUGGCCAGAAACCCAGCAGGUCAUUUCCUAGCUUGGGAUUUUGUGAAGAGCAACUGGAAUAAAUUGGUGGAAAAAUUUCAGCUUGGAUCAUUCUGUAUCAGAAAUAUAAUCAUAGGUACAACCGGGCAGUUUUCAUCUAAAGAGGAGCUCGCUGAUAUCAAGGAUUUCUUCAAUUCAAUUCGGGAGCAGUCGUCUCAGCUCCGCGUCACUCAGGUGGCUGUGGAGAAUGUGGAGAAAAACAUUCUGUGGCUGGAGAGGAAUUUAGAAACUCUGAGGAUGUGGCUUCAGAAGAGACUGAAUUAGAAAUUUCACAUGCUUCAGAAAAACAUUCAGAUGAAUUAAUUGAAAUUUUCACUGUUAAUUUUUUUUUAUAAGCAAAGCAGCACAGUUCAUAUCAGAAUACAGCACUUAAAGUACUGAUAAGAAAUUUUGACCUACAUUAAGCAUGGUUUGAGUUGUUUUAUAUUUCAGGGUAAAUGGAAAUAUGGGGAAAGAGAAAUGUGUUGCUUGUGUGGUGAUCAGUGUUACAUUUCCUUUAGGUUUUCUAAAAUGAGUUGUUAAAUAUUGUGGCUUAAAUAUGGUUUAAUGGUUUCUUAUUCCUUCAUAAAAUGAAAUUUAAAUAAU